AUGGCAAAACACCACAAUCGGAGACAUGAUACAGAUUGCCGAGAGGCGGAGGCUCCGAUGCCAUGCCUUAACACCGCGCGCAUAGGAGCACUGCGAUUCUCCACCGCGAAAAUUCAAUUCUCUCUCUCUCUCUCUACUAUUGAAAAAAUGGGCCAAACACUUGGUUGCGUACAAAUUGAUCAAUCUACUGUUGCCAUGAAGGAACGUUUUGGUAAGUUCGACGAUGUGCUUGAGCCUGGAUGCCAUUGCUUGCCUUGGUGUGUGGGGUACCAGUUGGCUGGUUCACUAUCUCUGCGUGUACAACAGCUUGACGUGCGGUGUGAAACAAAAACUAAGGAUAAUGUGUUUGUGACUGUGGUUGCAUCAAUCCAAUAUCGAGCCAUGGCUGAAAAAGCGGCUGAUGCAUUUUACAAGCUGUCUAACACAAAGGAACAGAUCCAAGCAUACGUUUUCGACGUCAUAAGGGCAAGUGUACCAAGAUUAGAUUUGGAUUCUACCUUCGAACAGAAGAAUGACAUAGCCAAAGCUGUUGAAAAUGAACUUGAAAAGGCCAUGUCUGCUUAUGGAUAUGAAAUAGUGCAGACCCUGAUUGUGGACAUUGAGCCAGAUGCUCAGGUUAAGAGAGCCAUGAAUGAGAUAAAUGCAGCGGCCAGGCUCCGAGUUGCUGCGAACGAGAAGGCUGAAGCAGAGAAGAUAUUGCAGAUCAAGAAAGCUGAAGAAAAUGUGCCUGGAACAACAGCUAAGGAUGUUAUGGACAUGGUUCUCGUUACACAAUACUUUGAUACCAUGAAGGAUAUUGGAGCAUCAUCAAAGUCGUCCGCUGUGUUUAUCCCACAUGGACCUGGUGCUGUGAAAGAUGUUGCUGCACAGAUUCGGGAGGGUCUUCUACAGGCUGAAAGUGGUGGGCAGUAG